GUUCGUGUUUUCCCUCUAAAUGUGGAGAAACGGUGUGCUGUGGGCUGAUGCUGAGCAAUUCACGGUGUUUGUUUACGCAAGUGUAGCUGUGUUCGUGUAGUGUGGCCUCAGUUUAUUAUUUUCUACGAAACUUGAUUAUUUCGGAAGAAAAAUAAUUUACAACGUAAAUUUGGUGUAUGCUGAAGUGCAAUGGCUACUGAUAGCAUAGAAAAACUUUAUAAAAAUUUUGGUAUUUUGGCAGACGCUAAAGAGAAGAUUGGAGAGCAUGAAAAUGAAUACCUUGAAAUCCUAAAAGCAGUCAAAGGUUCACCAAAGGAAAAAAGAUUGGCCUCGCAGUUCAUUGCAAGAUUUUUCAAGCACUUCCCAGCCCUAGCUGACAAAGCGAUUGAAGCACAGCUUGAUUUGUGCGAAGAUGAAGACAUUGCUAUACGAAAACAAGCUGUAAAAGACCUACCAAAUUUGUGUAAGGAUAACAACAAGCACACAAGGAAAAUAGCAGACAUUCUGGCUCAAUUGCUGCAAGUUGGAGAUCCUACAGAACUUAGCGUGGUUCAUAACUCACUGAUGACACUUUUUAAAAUGGACGCUAAAGGUACCCUCGAUGGAAUUUUUUCACAAAUUUUUGGAGAAAAUGAACUCGGCAGAGAGAAAUGUAUCAAAUUUCUAAAUGCAAAAAUAAAAGUACUAGGUCGUGAUGUUAUUGACAAAGAAGCUGAAGAUAUUCUGAUUUCGGAAUGUAAGAAAGUGCUAAUGCAGGCAGUGACAGAAGACGAAUUUCGUCACAUAAUGGAAUUAUUAGGUUGGUCACGCUUAAGCCAGACAGUGAGCGGACAGCAAGAACUGGUAGAUUUGGUUGCAGAACAAGCUGAUAUUGGCCAACCUUUUGAUCCUCACGAUCCUGAGAUUGAGAAUGUUGUUGACAGGCUCAUACAAUGUGUUCGGCAUGCGUUGCCGUAUUUUUCAUCGCAGGUUGACUCGUCAAAGUUUGUUACUUACUUCUGUGAGCAAGUACUUCGCCAGUUUGGUGAGAUAGUAUCAAAUGAAGAUGGAGUAGAUUCACAGCUGGAGAUUCUUAAGCUGUUUGCUGAACUGUGCACACAUUGUGGACCUCUAGAAAAUGCUGAAUCAAAAGUUGAUAAGGUCUUCCAAAGGCUAGUGGAAUACAUGCCGUUACCUCCAGAUACUGAAGUUGAAGGGUCAACGCAGGAGCAGCCACGACUGGAAUUUUCGUAUGUCGAAUGCCUUAUGUAUGGCUUUCAUCGUUUGGGACGUCAGUGUCCAGAGUACCUGACAAAGGACCUGGAAAGACUGAAGGAUUUUCGGUUUAGGCUACAGUACUUUGCCCGUGGAAUCCAAGGUUACAUUAAAAAACUAAGAGAAGCCCUUCAAGGCAAGAGCCCUGAAGAUCUGCGGAGUGAAGAAAACAAAAUAAAAGUUGUGGCUUUGAAGACGACAUCUAACAUAAAUACGCUUAUUAAAGACCUGUUCCAUAGCCCACCAAGCUAUAAGAGUGAUAUAAUUCUUUCAUGGAAACCUACAAAUUCAUCAGCUGCUAAAGAAAGUACUUCACCUGGUCAGAAACGUCACACACCGAUAACUUUUACAAGUGGAGAUUCAAGUGCUUCCAAGCAACCCAAGACCGAUAAAUCUCCAAGGGAGCUUUACCAGCCACCUAGUGGGAAAUACAGCAACAAAGUUUCAAGUUACACUCCUACCAGAGGCCGCGGUAGAGGUAGAGGUAGAGGAGGAUUUCGUGGAAAUCGUGGAUGGCGACGUGGGUUCUAGGAUCGCAGUCUGUACAAUGUGCUUUCUGUGUUAAAUCGUCUCGUGUUCUGCUUAAUUGUGAAGAGAUGGUAGCAACCAGGAAACUGUUUGGCUGAAUAGACUGAAGACGUAUGUUCUGGAACAGACUUAAGAAGAGGUUCUGAUGUGCUGCAGUAAAUCGUGGGACUUUUACUCUGUAGCUUUAUUUUGAGCCGAAAAAAAUUAUCAGUUCAAAACUUUUGUUUGCAUUCUAGAGAUAACUGGUAAGUUAUAAGAAAACCAUUGAAGAUAUUAACUCUUCUGGAAGAGCAAGACAAACUGCAAGAAGCUGUAAAAGAUCGUCUCAAGAAACUCGUGUGACAUACGUCGGUGACCUGGGAUAGAACAGAAAUUUAAGUGCCACCGACUUCUAGCUUCAGUCAUUUGGGAGAACUUACGUAAAACCAGCUAUUGUCCUUCGCCAUUUAAUCCAGAACUGACCUACAUGAAGUGGCUUUGCAGUUUUGUUGCACAAAAAUUCAUUAUUGUAGUCUUGUAUUGUAUGUAAUCUUGUCCAAAUAACAAUUGUGAAAUUUAGAGUAACUCAGAUGCAAAGAGAAAUCAUAUCAGCACACAGUUGGCUUUUUGUUUCUGUUUAAGAAAAGUUAUAGCCAUAUUAGUAGGUUGUAUAACUACUCAGUUAUGAUCAUUAUCUUUUUUUAAAAAAUUGAAGAUACUUGUGCUCCCAAAGAUUAAUACACUAAAUUCUUAUAAUUUACUCUUUUUUUUCUGUGCAUUGUCUGUUGAGACAAUAGUCAGUUAUUGGCUCAUCAUAAAAAAUCAUGUAAGAUGUGUGUUAUCUCGGUCACCAUCUUUAUAUGUAGUAGCACUGUAACUUAAGUGAGGAAGGUUGCAGCUUCCCAAUGAAAUUGGUCAUUGUAUUACAUCUAACAUUGAGCUUCUAGCUCCUUAUAAUGAUUUUUGGAUAUUCAUUUGAAAUUGUGUACUGAUCUGUUUGUGUGCAGUGCCAGUCAGAUAUGUAUUUGGAGUUUUGAAUGUGUCAUUACUUGCUUUUUGUAGAAUCAUCAUGAGUAGAAGUCUACACAUUCAUAUUGUUAAGAGGAGUAAGCCUUUUUGAUGUUACCACGUUGAUUGAAAGAGCUGUAAGGAAAUGUAAACUGUUAAUACAAAGACUGCUCCGGCGCAUUCGUGCAUAUUGUUAUGAAUUGUGAACAAAAGAAUGAUGUAGCUGCGCCCUUGCAAUGCACCUUAUUUGUAUAGAAACUGGAAGUUCUGUAUGUUGUCAUUGUGGUCACUUGGCCUAUGUUGUAUGCAAAUUGAUGAUGGUGGUAGUAGUAAUGUUGAUGACUGAAUAAUGCAGUGAUUAACAGAGCUAUAUGUGAAUGACCUUUGAAUGUCUAAGCUCACAAAAAGCAACACAUUAAUUAUUAAUUGUUGCAGUUUUGGAACCAAAGUGUUGCAGAAUGUGUGCUUUGUGUCGGCUUAGGACCCAUUAAAUGAGGGGGGGGGGAUGAUGAUGAUGAUGAUUG